GGCACACCCUCUUUCUAGUACUCUUUUGUUAAUGAAGUUCUUGCAGUUAAAAUCUCAUGCAGUGCUCUUGAAGAUCAUUUGGGAGCACAAUGGAGAACCACAAAGAGAAUGAAGAGGAGAAGGAGAUAGAGGAAAAGAAGCUCAUGAGUUGGUUCAGAGUUCUUGCAAAGGAGAUGCAUUGGAGCUUUGUUUUUGGUGUUGUUUCAGUGAAUGGAAUUAGCCAAGGAAUGGGUGGAGCUGUGUACAAAGUAGCCACUGAUUAUUAUUGGAAAGAUGUGCAAAGAGUUCAGCCUUCAGCUGCCCAGAUUUAUCAAGGGAUCACUUCUCUUCCUUGGAUUGUUAAACCUUUGUGGGGUCUUAUGACUGAUGUUCUCCCUUUGGGUGGUUAUAGGAGAAGACCCUAUUUUAUGCUUGCAGGAUUGCUUGGGGUUGUUUCAAUGUUGAUGCUUUCACUGCAUAGAGAUUUAGGGGUUGUGCUUGCAUUGCUAGCAUUGACAGCAGGGAGCACAGGUGUGGCAAUGGCCGAUGUUACAAUCGAUGCUUGUGUCGCGCAGAAUAGUAUCAAUCAUCCCUCACUUGCGGCUGACAUGCAGAGUUUGUGUGGAUUUAGUUCAUCUCUUGGAGGACUCAUUGGAUUUUCUAUCAGUGGCUUGCUCCUCCAUACUUGUGGAUCUCAGGGUGUGCUUGGUUUGUUGAGUUUGCCUUUCGCAUUGGUUUUUUCUGUUGGGCUAGUGCUCAAGGAGUUGCGUAGGCCUAAUUUUAUGUACAAACAGGUGUAUGGAAAGUUGCAAGAAGCGAAUCAAACAAUGUGGACAACAAUGAAAUGCCCAAAUGUGUGGAGACCUUGUGUUUAUAUGUACAUAUCUCUUGCUCUUAACUUGAGCAUUCAUCAAGGCAUGUUUUAUUGGUACACUGAUCCUAAUUCUGGACCAUCUUUCUCUCAGGAAACAGUGGGGUUCAUUUUCUCUGUAGGGAGCGUAGGGUCACUAAUAGGGGUCCUAAUCUACCAAAACAUCCUCAAAGAUUACCCAUUCAGGACACUACUCUUCUGGGCCCAACUUCUCUCAAGCUUCUCAGGGAUGCUAGACUUAAUACUAGUAUCAAGACUCAACCUCAAACUUGGCAUCCCUGACUACUUCUUCAUUGUCAUAGACGAGAGUAUCUCCCAAAUGAUCAGCAGGAUCAAAUGGAUGCCCAUACUUGUCUUAAGCUCCAAACUUUGCCCAUCAGGGAUUGAGGGCACUUUCUUUGCACUUUUAAUGGCCAUUGAUCACAUUGGGAUGCUCACUGGUUCUUGGGGUGGGGGACUUCUUCUUCAUGCUUUGAAGGUCACCAGGACUCAGUUUGGGAAUCUUUGGGUGGCUAUUUUGGUCAGGAGUUUGAUAAGGAUGCUGCCAUUGGCUUUGAUUUAUUUGGUGCCAAACAGUGAUCAGAUGUCAAGGAUCCUUCCAGAAGGGUUCUUGAUGGAGAAUGGAAUUUUGAGGACCUUGGAGGCUGAGGUUGAUGAAGCUGAAAGGCUUGUUGUGGUACCACUUGUUUACAACAAGACCUGAGGUCUUUUUUUAAUUUUUUUUUUUUUUUAUUUUUGGCUGCUGUUGUGUGUUUGAUUGGAAGGCUUUGGAGAUGACAAGGACUUGUAUUUUAAGAAAAUACUAUCUAUCAAUUAUGUCUCAAAAAAAAGUUCCAAG